GCAAACCAAAACGGUUGGGAGCAGUGAGUUUAACUUGAGUGAUGAGAGUGCAUUGUCAUUGUGUCACCAACAUUCAAUUUCAAUCCCCAAAAUCAUCAACAAUCUCAAUCACUUCACAGCUUCUCUCUCAAUUUUGGUAGCCAGGCAUUAUCUCUGUGAGUUGUUGCAAAAUUUUGCCUUGCAAUUAUGAGUUUCGUUUUCCGAGGGAGUAGGGGAGAUAUUGAAAGCGGUUUUUCAGAAUAUGCUCCUGAGAGAACCACAAUGCGUGUACAUCCAUCUCGGCCAGUUAAUAGCAAUUCACUGGCUUUUCUGAUUACAGUUAUUAUGCUAUUCAUUUUAUUGAGUUCUCCUCAGAUGUCGCAUUAUCUUUUGCUCUGGCUUGUGAUGGCUAUCUUUGCGAUGGCUACGAGCCUGAGGAUGUAUGCAGCUUGUCAACAUCUUCAAGCGCAAGCCAGGGCUCAUGCUGCAGCAGCCUCUGGAUUACUAGGCCAUAAUGAAUUACGACUUCAUGUGCCGCCAUCCAUAGCAAUCGCAACUAGAGGACGGUUGCAUGGACUUAGACUUCAGCUUGCACUUCUUGAUCGUGAAUUUGAUGAGCUAGAUUAUGACAGCUUGAGAGCUCUGGACUCUGAUACUGCUUCUAGUACUCCAUCAAUGACUGAAGAAGAGAUAAAUUCCUUGCCUGUUCACACAUAUAAAGUUGCAGUUCCAACAAAGGAUGGAACCGCAGGGUUGGCAUCCUCUUCAGGUGCAGCUGAGAUUAAACAAGACUCUGAAGGAGCAGAGGGAAGCAUCAAAGUUUCAGUAGAUGAACUGACAUGUACCAUAUGCUUGGAACAUGUUAAGAGGGGAGAGCUUGUUCGUAACUUGCCCUGCUUACAUCAGUUUCAUGCGAAUUGCAUUGAUCAAUGGCUCCGUCAACAAGGAACAUGUCCAGUUUGUAAAUUUAGGAUGGGGUUGGGAUGGCAGGGAAAUGGUGAUAGCGAGUCCGAUGGUUCAGACAUUGUGUAGCAGCAUUCUUCAAAUGUUCCUGUAAAAUGCACGAGGUCGUUUAUACACGUAUCACGUAUGUAUAUAGUUAUGAUUAUAUUUAUCAUUAUGACUGAUUAUGAUGAUGAUGAUGAUAAUGAUAAUAAUGUAUGAUGUGCUAGUGUUUACCCAGAACCUGGCAUAAGGAAAAGAAUGUAUAUGUUUAGUCACUUCAGUUCA